ACAAUAAAUAAAUAAAUAAACAAACCUAAUUUUACUUGUAAAUAUUUAGAAAAUUUUAUAAAUUCUGUAAUUAAUAUUAUAAAAUAUGGAAUCAAAUAUAUGCCGUUGUUGUCUCACAAAUGGCUGCUACAAAAACAUGUCGAGUAAAUACAGCCACGACGGACAAAUCGAAAUAUAUAUUGAUAUGUUAUUAGAUACAUUUAAUUUACAUAUAUCAAAGUUGAGUGAUUGUACACAAUUAAUAUGUGAGAAUUGCAUCAUAAAACUUAGAGAUGCCACAGAGUUCAAGAAACAAGUGCUGUUAGUUGAAGACACUCUGUUAAAACAGUAUAGUGCAGCAUCUACAUCACAUGAAGGAAAGGAUGCUACCAUACAAAUUAAAGAAGAAAAUGGUAAUGAUGAAUUUGAUGACCACAUACCUGCUUUCAAUGAUGAAGCUGAUGACUCGACCUUUAUCAUAGAGCAGGGCGACAUGAAUGACACUGAAGGACAAAUAUUCAUUAUUAAAAUGGAACCAAAGUCAGAUUCUGUCGGUAAAGAAAAUCAUAAACUACACAAAGCUCCUGUAAGAAAGAAAAGUGAGGCCAGAGUGAUGCCGCUAAGGAAUAUAUCAAAAUCCAUAAAGACAAGACCUAAAAAAGCUCCAGACAUAUCACAAAGACAGAUCGAUCUCAGAGAAAAUUCACUAAAACUCGUCCAGAACUCGAACCUAUGCCUCUUCAAAUCUAGAAAAACGAAGUUCGGAUGUUUCUUCUGUAAAGAAUCCUUCUUCAAAAUCUCCGAUCUGAGGGAGCACACGAAAAUACACUCCAACGCGAAGAUCUUAAAGCUGAGAUUCAAUUCGCUGCGAGGACUGUCAUAUAAAAGUGUCGAAAUAAGCAACCUGGCCUGUAAAAUCUGUUCGGAACAAUGCAAAGACCUGCAAGAUCUGAAAUCACAUUUAAUAACUCACAAUAUUAAAUUCGGUUCCGACGCCGACGGCCAUCUUUUAAUACCCUACAAAUUGGAAGGCGAUUUGAAAUGUAGUAUAUGCGAUCAAAAAUUCAACACAUUCACCCGUUUAGCCGUUCAUAUGAAUAAACAUUUCAUGAACAACGUUUGUGAGAUCUGUGGCGUCUCGUACAUAAAUCGUUUAAGUUUAAGAACACACGUCAACUCCGUGCAUAAAGAAAAAAAGUGUAGUCUAUGCUCGGCUACAUUUUUGACGCACUAUUCGAAAGUUAAACAUAUGAAGAAGAGUCAUAACGCUGGUGUAUCGAAACGGUAUUGUCUAUUGUGUAACGCUACGUUCCGUUACACGUAUUUAUUGUUAGAACAUACGAUACGAGAGCAUGGGGUUGAACGGCAGACGUUUGAAUGCACGGAAUGCGGGAAAACGUUCCAUGCGCAGCAGAAUUUGAAGACUCAUAUCCGAUGUGUGCAUAUAAAGGAACGCAACUACCCUUGUGGUAUUUGUUAUAGGAGGUUUUUUACUAAAUGUGAUCAGAGAAGACACGAGAAGUCUCAUGAGGAUGUUAGGUCGUUUUCUUGUAGUUAUUGCGAAGGUAGAUUUAAGUCUAAAGAUUCCUUACGUCGCCAUCUAAAGCGACAGCACGGACAAAUGUAUGAGAAAUCACAAUAA